GAAAUAUUUCUUUGGCGAAGAUAAGUAUCACAAUUUUUUAAACAGCUGGCAUAACAGAGCUCAAAGUUCGCUAUUUUACCUCCAUAAUGUGUUUAAAAUUAGGAUUUUUAAAACUAAAUUUAUUAACACCUAUUCUUAAUAAAAAUCUUGGAUUUGAUUGUAGUACACUUGUCUCAGUAUAGAGUUAGCAUACUCGCUUACGCUUGUUUCAGUCUUCACAGCCAAGCGCCAUUAACUAUAUUUUGCGCUAGUCCAAAGAUGGCCUGUCCUUUGGUGAUAAACAAGAACUCAGUUAAAGCUUUGGCAGCAUGGUGGCUUUCUAACGAGUCAUCUUUGAAUUAUGUAGGGCUUACACCAAAAAGCGGACGUGGGAAAGUGUACAUUGAUAUGCACAGUCCAGGGAUCAUUGUUGGGAUGCCGUUCGUUGAUGCCAUUCUAAAAGAAAGCAGUUGCGAAAUAGAAUGGCAUGUAUGCGAGGGUCAGACUGUAAAAUCCUGUCCUGUAAGAGUUGCUACGAUUAGUGGGGCCGAUGAAGAUAUUUUCUUUUGCGAAAACUUGGUUAUUUCGGUCCUUUCGAGAGCCAGUGGGAUAGCGACCUUGGCCAGCAGAAUUCAAUCAAUUUUACAGGAAGUUUCGUGGAAGGGGACAAUAUAUAUGCCAGAUAGAAGGACACCGGGUUUUGGUCUUGUUGAAGAGUAUGCAAUGAUGAUAUCAGGAGUUUCUGAACGGAAAGCAUCAGUUAGCGUUCGUUGCCAAAAUAUGGAUGCUGAGAGCUUAAAAUCUGCCAUAGAUGAAGUUCGGUCUAGAGUUGGUUCUAUUCCUGUUCAUGUUGCCUGCUCAAGGUUGGAUGAAGCCUGCUUAGCUGCUGGAGCUGGAGCAGAUAUAUUACUUACUGGUUUGAGUGCCAAGGAGAUUUUAGAUAUUGCUACUCAAGUGAAAGAAUCCUUCCCAGAAAUUCAGGUUAUUGCUAGCGGCUUUUUCGAUGACUCAGACGUAAAACUGUGUGCAACUCGCUAUGUGGACCAUUUAACAUCUCUAAAACUGUGCAACGGUUAUGCGUUUGUUGACUUCCAAAUGGCAUAUGUUAAAGACAAGCUUGUUGAAAAUGCAGAACCUACGAACUUCGUAGUUUUACUAGGAGAAAAUGAGUUGCCCUGUAAGUCACUUCACUAUUUAUUUUGGACGACCUAUACAAAGAUUUGAGGGGAGCCUAUGAAGACAGAUUUACAUAAAUAGGUAGUAAACAUAUAUCAAGUUUUUCGGGUGGCCGAGCUCAUGUAGUAGUAGAUUAUUUGCUCCUGACUAGUCUGAAUAUAGCUUUAUCGUGGAUAUAAAAAAACAAGCGCUCACCAGACCAAUUAGUAGCUUUGUUUGGGUAUGAUUUGUAUGGUUAACGGUAAACAUUUGAGUUCUUGACUAGGCGUACUCGUAAAGGCUGUCCCAAUUUAUUUCUUAAACGUUUGUAAGCCAUCUAUAGUAAUUUGACUCCGUUAUUUAAUUUUUUUUAACGUUCGUUUUUGGCUUAUAGUUGGCUAUCGUUUCUGUAACAAAAUAUCAACUCAGUUCAAGUGGCGUUUAGUUGACUUUACUUGAGUACUGUUAUAAUGUGUUAAGUUUUAAUUUUAUUUGGUACACUAAAAGCAUAUCAUUUUAGUUCUGUUUAAAAAAUGUACCUGCAAGUUUGAAGCAUUUGUAGUUUUACAAAGUAUUAAUACAUUGAAGUGUAAUCAGUUUUUGGUUUAAUUUCAUCAGUAAAUUUGACUCUGAUUUAUAAAGCUGGUUAAUAUCUAAGGUAUCAUUUAGAUUUUUGUAUGUGAAAUAUCCAUAAAACUACUAAAAGCUACAUGCAUUAAUCUUAAGCUUUGGUAUUUUAUUACUUUACGUAAUCUAAAUUAUCUAUUGAACGUAAGCUGUGAUAUCAAGUUAGACUAUUGGAUUUCCUUUUUUACCAUUGUAUGAAAAUUCAUCCCGGGUAUUGAACAAUUUACUUUUCUUGUCCCAAGACAAGAAACGAUUAUUUUGUCUCACAUUUCAUGAAACAAUUUUGUUGUGGUGUUUAAAAAUUUGUUACAUCGUAGUUCCCAGCUGAAUUAGACUUAGAAAUUACCGUUUUGUCCCACAAAUUAAGUAUUUCUAAACAAUAUUCAAUGAUGCAAUUUAAUAACUAUGCUUGUAAUACCUGUGUGUUGACACUUUUUGUUUGUCUUUGAAAUUAUACAAAUAUUAAAAGGACUAUAAAAUGAGUCGUUACUGUUUAGUUUCACACUACUUUGCCUUAUCCAACUUGUAUAAGUUUUCAGUUUUUAAACUUUGAAUCAGUAGUAGGUUGUAUUUUAAUCCGGGAUUUAUCAAGUUUUUGGUGAUAUAUAAAAUUAUUUGCCAUAUAAUAUCACAACUUUUUUGUUUUUUAGGUAUCAUAUGUCAAUAAUUCAAAAUAAGAGUUCGCUUCGGUACAUUUAAUUAUAUCUGGUCAUUGUGAUUCAUAGGAAUUGAAGACAAAUUUCCAUAACUAAAUAAAUCCCUUCGUAGUUUUUUCCCAUGGCGUAGUGAUGAUAAUGUUACGAGGCACUAAAACCCACUGGAUUGUUUUCUUACAAAGCUUUACAGUUGUCCACUUAGGUUUUCAAAAUGUAUCCAAAUAUUUCUUUUUAAGAUUAGUAAAAGCUCUUUGUUAAGUAAUUUCACAUUCGUCCUGCUUAUACAGGGUGCCAUAGCCUUCACACUGUUCCUUACCAACUCUUCACUUGGUUUCUUAGCGUUCUUAUUCGUAGGACAGAACUUCGUUUUUUUAAUGUCCUUAAUGUAUCAUGAAUUUCUAGCUAACAUUUGAAUUCAUUCCACGGGAAUUUAUUAGUUAAACUUAUGUAGAGUUUUUUAUUGACUUAUUGUAAACCACUUCCUGCUGUAAAUUAAAUAUUUUAACAUCUCCCUCAAGCAGUUGAAUGUUUCCUUGUCGCUUAUAGCUCCUCCAAAAUCAAAAUCACCAGGCCCUCAACCCACUGAAGAAGUGGCUAGGUAAGAAGGGUUUCAUUGUCAGAUUUUUUUAACCUUUGUUUCGAAAUUUCUUUUAAACGUUUUCAUUAAUCUGAUUACCAGGUAAACCGUAUUUAAACCAUUGUAAGCUUUUAUUCAACCCUAGUAAAUAAAGUUAGCUUUGCAUGUUUUAAUUUGGCGACAAGUUAGCAGCGAUAUUUGUCUUAAGUAAGCUGAAAACUAGUAAGCUGUUUUACAUGUAGUAGGUCACACAGAAUGUCGUGUUGCUUUGCAUUCUAAAGGUUUUGUUUUCCCAUCCGUGUAGUAGAAUGAGUUACUGUAUUUACAUAAUAAUAUUCCAUCAUGCAUAGUACGUAAUUAAUCAAGUAAUAUGUUACUAUAGAUAAUUCCCAGUAGUAGUAGCAGCAGUUUUUUUUCAAAUAUUUGAUUUAGUUUAGAUAUAGAAACAGUAGUCUAGCGUUCAGUUCUGAAUGUUGGUUCUAUUCAUUUUAUUGUUAUGAUAAUUUUAUUAUUUAACUAAACCAAUAAACUGAAAAGUUAGUGAUCUUUUGGGUUUUUGGAAAUUUAACUUUCUUACUAACGUACUACACCGUUCCCCAGCUCAAUUCCUACGCCAUUAAAGAAGCCUCGCUUAGUCGAUGAUGAGGGCGACACCCCUAAAUCAGCUAAGCUCAAUGGUACUCCAACUCGCAAUACCAAUCCGACGGCCCCAGAUCCGAAUUGGUCCACUUUUUCCAAUGCGGCUAAUGCACAGAAUCAGAAGCGUGCUCAGCGAAUUCUUCGACAUCCUCAGUACACACCAGUAAGAUUGAAAUGAUUUGGAAAUUAUUGUAAGCAUGUCAGUCUUAAAAUGUUUGAGAGAUUAGUUCACGGUACAUUACAGUUUAAAUUAUUUUAGCUAGUUCUUAAGGAUUUAUAAGGAGUUUUUAUCAUAAGUUAAUUAUUUAUUUAGUGAGAAACACCAUGAGCUUUUUAUCUUAUUGUGUAGGAACUCUACUGCAUAUUUUUAUUACAAGACGUUACAUUGUUUUCAAAUAAAUUCUAACAGUCGAGUACUUCGGAAACUUUUAUAAUAUUUAGUUGAAACUUCUUUCGUUUGGUGUUUUAUCCUAGGGUUCUGUUUUUCCUUUGUUCUGUUAAAAUGCAUUUCAGUAAAAUUCCAGUGUAUUUUACCAACAGGAUAAUUAAUAUUCAUAAAACAACUUUUGAAGUAUGAAUUCUCAUGUAACGUGUACUUUGUUAAUUAAUAGACACUGCUCAAACUAUUCAUUCUUGCAAUGCCGUACAAUUUUUGUUUGAUUUCAAAUUAUUUCAUGAGUGAAGUGUAAUUACUUGUGGUAAAAAGAUUAGAAUUAUGAUGACAUACAUUUAAAUAGUGCUAAUGUAUUGCCUAUUACUCUUGAUACGAAGUUUUUAUUUUUUUACAAACUGACGUUUAAAAUAGGUGAUUAAAAAUGGUUUCGAGCAUUUUUCUUUUUUGGGGAUUAUGGUUUGUGAUUUGAAUCCACAUUACAGAAAGCUUGUUUCAGAUUCAGUCCAGGGUUUUGAUAUGAUUUCUCACUAAGAUAUAGUUUUGUCUAAGUGAUUAACCCCAUCAAUUCAUUUUUUAAUCUAGGGGUCUGUAACUAAGCUGAAAACACAAAUACAUUCCUUUCUAAUUAAGUUAUUCCAUUCAAUAUUUAUUCUAGGUUUAUUCGAAUACUUAAAGUAUAAUAUACAUCUUAAGUGCAUUAGUUGUCUUAAAUCUUUUUAUUCACCUGACUUACUGUUUAGUACGAAAGUUUUGAGAAACAGAACCGUUCAGUCUAACUCCAAGUUAAUAAGGAUUCACAGUAUAUUCACGAAAUUAGUUUUAGAUUUUCAUCUGUCUUACUAGCAAAUGUAUGUAAUUUACGGAAAGUCCAAUCACGUAACCCGUUUGAGAAAGUUAUUUUAGUCUAGUUUAUUAUUUAAUUUCCAGCCACAAAGGUCAAAUGUUCCUCGCUCACAAAACCCUGGUGGUUUGUCGUUUUUCAUGUCGAACCCGCGACUUAUGCCUCCAACAUCUACGCCUACACGGGCUCCUGCUAUGCUUUUACAACCGAGUUUGAAUAUUAAUAAUCAAGUAUCAAAUGUACUGACUCCUCCCAACAAUCAACCGAAUAUCAGUAUGCGUUUACCUAUAGUACCUCCUCAAUUGCAACAGCCACCACAGUCAAUGUCACAACGUAUGCCAUCAAACUCUCCAGGAAUGCUCAAUGCAAAUCAACCUAUGGGUGGUGGAUUUUUGAACAACAUUCAGCCACCUCAUAACCAACCACCAAACUGGCAAAUGAUUCCAAGCGGUCCCGGUGGACAUCCAAUGGGUGGUAUUGGCCUAGGGAUGCGUGUUGGUGGUCCUGGAGGACCAAAUGUGAAUAAUUGCAGGUCAUGUGGUUUUCCGAACCCUCCAUCAAUGCCUUUUUGUCGAAACUGUCGUUCUGGUCUUCGGUGAAUUUGAAGGUCCUUUGUGUUAUUGGUGCUUAAUUUAUCAUGUAAUCUGUGUUUACACAUAUUUCUUUUUAUGCAAAUAGUAAACGGGAACUUUAUGCCAAAAGAAAA